ACGGACGAGUCGAUAAUGGACGAGAUUCGCUCCGAUCCCGAGCUAAACCCCGCAAGCAUGCUGGACGUGUACAGAUCGGACUCGCAAAAGUCCGACUCGUCGCAGAGGCCGAGAGUGUCGUUCAACCGGGACGUGCGGAUCAAGAAAAUCGGCAACUCAGAUGCAGCAAGUAUUGUGGAAGCUUUAGCCGGAGAUGGCGAAGGUCACUUGGUGCCCACGCCAGUUCGCAGGGAAAAGAUCAAAGCGUCUAAGCGUGAACUCGCGUUGGAAGCCGACCGCGUGCUCAAGCAGGCAGACAGCGUGGCCUCUCUGCACUCGGAUGUACCGCCGAGAAGGCAGCAGAGGAGCAAACCAGACGGAGCGUCCCUCCAACGGAAGACCAGCUUCGGAGGGACAGACUCGAAAAAAUGGAAUUCCGAAGGUAAACUGUCGUCGUACAUGUCGUUGGACAGGCCUAAGAACCGGAUCAGGAAGAGGGAGCAGCCGACGUGGGAAGAACAGCGGCAGGGCGGGCAACAGUAUCGGUCGUCGACGGACCUGACGACCGCAGUGGCGCCGCCGAAGAGACGUUCGACGGCAUCUUCGGGCGGCGGCAAGUUGACGAGGAGCGUCAGCGAUGCGGGCGACCGGGACAAGCCGCUGGCGUCCGGCGACGGCGGCGACGCGAAACGUUCGAUAUCGUUGUUCGGCACCAUCCAGCGGAUCAAGACGAAGAUCAAAAAGCGUCCGACGGCGGUGGCCGCGUCCGAGCCACCCCCGCGGAGGACGUCGUCGGGGGCCGACCGGUCCUCGGAACCGUCCACGCCACGGCCGGUGACGGGCCCGUCACCACCUCCGGCGCCGAUCCGGGCGAAAAAACAGCUGUCUCCCAUCAUCGAGUCGUCACCGCGGGACGAGUACUUCAAGUAAACGGUCGGCGGACCGCUGGGCUACGGCGGCGCGUCCCCACCGCGCCCCGUCCGCGGCCACAAGGUCGACCGGAUCGUCCGGAAACUGCAGCAUCAGCAACAGCAGCACCAACAGGCGGCGGCGGCCGAGCUCGCCCGUCAACCGUCGCCACCGCUGCCGCCACCGCCACCGUCGUCGUCGUCGCCAGACUUUGCCCACGCGCACAACGGCAACGAACCGUUUUCGUACACGGCCACGUCGUCGCCCACCAUCGUCCACCUACCGGACGACACGGCGGCGGCAGCUGACCGACCGCCACCACCGCAACGGCAACGACAACAGUAUCGCUCGGCCGGCGGCAUGGACGACACGUGGACGUCAUACGACGAUCUCAGCCACAGGCGGGACGCUCUCGAGUCGAGGCUGCAGAAACGCGCGGCCACCGUGGUGGUCAGACCGCAGCGGACGGGGUCGGGGGCGGCAGUGCGCGUGCGAACACCUCCGGAUGCGGCGCCGGACACGUACGCGACGGUGUACAAGAAGAACGAGACGCUCGGCGGCGGCGACAGAUACUUCGAGCGAAAGAUAGUCACAGAACACCGGUUCGCCCGGAGGACGCCCAGGCUGUCCGGCGACGGUAGCGAUGACCGUGACGACCACGAGGACGACGUCGACGCCGACCACCAUGACCGGCAUCACCGCGACGCCGCUGUCCAUCGCGAUACCGCCGCCCACCACGACCAUCAUCACCGCGACACCGCUGUCCGGCCGACGGAUGGCAGCCGCGGCCGUCCGCCGACGUCCCGGACCUCUUCAGGCAUGCCGACCAUCGUUUCCCGGAACAACGUGACCGUCGUCAACGCGCCGCCGCGCUCCGCUUCCGUGUACGGUGCCGACAAGCCGGCCAAAAAGCGUUCCAGGCUGGACAAGUUCAAGAUGCUGUUCACCGGCGGCUCUUCCGCGUCCAAGGAGAACAAGCGGCCAUCGUCGUCCGCUAAAGCUCAGUACAACUCGUCCGAUCCCGAGUCGUACACGUCGUCUUUGCGCAAACGAUACAACGUGUUCACCGGUACCGACAACAACAAACAAGGGAAUCAUGUGUCCGGAAAUAGGAGGAUGUCAUCUCCCAGCAAAUCCCAGAAACCGGCCGGAAACAACGCAUGGUUCAAGUCAUUGGACAGAUUCGGCAAGAAAAACAAGAGAUCGAAGACGUUCACGUCGGGCAGUGAAAAUGAUGACGAGAUCAGGGUGCACAGGGUGAACGAUCGGAACAACUCGAAGGGGACGACCCGGUCGUACCACAGCGUGGGAAACCUCAACUCUCUGGACAUGGACCAGUCGCCCAGGCUGACUGCCGACAAGAGGCACUCCCUGAUAGACAGUUCAGCGGGCAGCACCACCGAGGGCGACAGUAGUCAGAAAUCGCACAAGUCCACGGUCUAUCUUCACGCAACCACGGUAGGAGAAAUACCAGAAUCGCGACAGCUGCACCAGUCCGUGUUCGGGGCAAAGAGCAGGCGGGCGGCCAGCCGCGAGGAGCUGUCUUCGCGCAACGACGCGUUCGGCGGGGCCCAGAAGCGCACGCUGUCCCGAUCUGUGUCCGUGCUGGCGCCGUGGGCCCCGCGGCACAGCGAGGGCCGGACCGUGGACUACGACGAGCGCGGCCGGCCGCCCAGGGCGCCGUCGUCGGGCAGACACGGACCAGUCAAGGCCACCAAGAGCGACCCGGAAGAGUCAGCGGCGGCGGGCGCGGGCAGGCCCACGUUGGCGGCCCGGACUAAGAACCGGCAGCCGAAUCGGGCCAGUUCGGGCGAAGAAUCGUCGUUGCUGGACGAAGUUAUCAUCCGGACCACCAGCCGCACAGGCAAGCUCAUCAAGGACGACCGUUCCACGUCCCGGCAGAUCGGCAGGUCCAUGUCGUCGGCGAACAGGUCAGCCGCGGGAGGCACGUUGACACGGGUCAAGACGAAAUCGUAGUGG